AUGAUGACUCCGUGCGAAACGGGCGUCCAUCGAAUAUUGAACGACGGGGAAUUUGAUCAAACCUACGAAUGCGCUUGCGAUUAUUUCCAUACCGGACAGCAUUGUGAGAUAGAGGUCCCUUUACCGUGGGCGUUUAUGCUGACGAGCACGAUUCUCACAUUGGUUCUCAUUCUGUCGGUGGCCUACUCGGCGGCGCGAUUUAGCAACAAGAAGAUCUAUUUGUUUCGCGAACGCGAGCGCUUCGUCGAUUUGCUCGAAGACGUGCGAUUGAGCGCGUGCGAUUCGCUGGAAGCGGCGAUGCGCUCGAACGAGUCGACGUCGCCGAUCGCGACGACGACACAAAGCGCCUCGGAGAAUCGCACCAAGACCGACGAGGCGAGUGUGCAGACGAAAGAAUCGAAGACGUCGAAUCGAUAG